AUGGCCAAUGAAUAUGAAAAAUAUACCAGUACUUUCAAACAAAAAGUUCUUGAAGAAUAUCGUCCUGGAAUUUACGGGUCCGGUUUUAAAUUAUUAGCCAAACGUUUUAAAAUUAAAGGUGGUCAUCAUCUAAUUAUGUGUUGGUAUCAACAAUGGGAUGGUACUGUUCAAUCCUUGAAUGCAAAGCCAAGAACUGGUCGACCACGUACGCUAACAAAUGAAGAAGUAGAACUUGAUGAAAAUCAUUGGAUUGAAAUUGGAAAAUUUCGAAAAUUUUUACAGCAGAUUAGCAAUGAUCGAUUAAUAUUUAUCGAUGAAAUAGCCAUCUAUGGUAUAAUGCCACCUCUUCGAACACUUGUUGCUCCUGGACAUCAAUCAUUUGUUAUUGUUGAUAAACUAUCAGCUUAUGCUGAACGUUUUGAUUUUAUUGGUGCAAUAAAUGGAUCAAAACCAAUAGCUUGUAUGACUUCAACACCUGUGGAUCGUAAAGCUAAAGAUAUUCAAAGUGUAAGAAAAGAAGUAAUACAUGAAUGGAUUGUUAAAUCUUUGGCACCAGCCAUUAAUCGAUUGAAUAUUGAUUAUGUGUAUUUGAUAUGUGAUAGAAGUCGAGCACAUAAUCUGGCAGAGAUGAUGCAAGCAUUUAUUAUGGGUAAAUCUAAAUCAGUUAUAAAUGUCCAUUAUAUGCCAACGGCAUCCGCAAAAUAUAUAUCUCCAUUGGAUAAUCCAAUUUGGCAUUCAUUUAGAGAAACUGUCCGAAUACAGCAUCCAUUGACAAUAUCCAAUCUUCCAUCGAUACUUUCUCGAACCUUUUAUUCAUUGUCAAGAGACCAAAUUAUCAAUGCCUACAGAAAGUGUGCUAUUACCUAUGGAACUGAUGUAUUUUAUGACCAACCUUUCACGUAA